AUGGAUUUGGAGUCGAACUCGAAUUCUCUUCCCUUUAAACCGCCUUUGGAGGAUGAUCAGGAUGUGCAGGACGCGACCGAUUUGGCGGCCAUGGGUCAUGCCCAGGCUUUGACGAGAAAAUUUGAUAUGUGGAGCAUGUUGGCUCUCGCUUUUUGUGUUCUUGGAACCUACUCUACUUUUGCACAGGAUCUCAGCAGCGGUCUUACCAAUGGCGGUCCUAUUACCAUUCUCUGGGGUCUGGUCCUGGUCACAGGCUGCAAUCUCUGUGUAGCCCUCUCGCUGGGCGAGUUGACAAGUAGCAUGCCCACAGCUCUGGGCCAAGCAUACUGGGUCUACCGACUUUGGAACACGCCGCUCGGCCGAUUCGUAUCAUACAUGUGUGCCUGGAUCAACACAUUCGGCUGGUGGACCUUGACGGCAUCGCAGACCGCUUUCAUGACUGAGUUCCUGCUCGGUAUGAAGACCAUGUUUGCACCCAACUGGAACGGCGUGAACGAGGGCUGGUUAAACUUCGUUGUGUACAUCGGUGUGGUCUUCCUGUUGACCCUUAUCAACGUUGUCAGCUGUCGCAAGGAGAAGAUCCUGCCAUGGUUCAACAAUUUCGUCGGUAUUUGGUUCGGCGGUUUGUUCAUUGUCUUGUCCUUGGCUUUGAUUAUCUCGGUCGGUGUGAAGAGCGACCUCUCCUUCCAGCCUGCUUCUUUUGUGUUUGGAAAAUGGAUCAACCAGACUGGGUGGAGUGAUGGUGUGGUCUGGUUCACUGGUCUGGUCCAGGCAGCAUAUGGAUUGACUGCCUUCGACUCGGUCAUCCACAUGGUGGAGGAAAUCCCCGACCCGCGACGAAACGCCCCCCGUGUCAUCUGGAUGGCCGUCCUUUUUGGCGCAAUCACUGGAUUCAUCUUUAUGGUGGUCUGCCUGGGCUGUAUCCAGAACCUAGAUGCAGUCACUAACGCAAGCCUCCCUUUCAUGGAGCUUAUGCUCGAGACAAUCGGCUUAGAGGGCGGCGCUGUCUUGCUCGCCCUUUUCAUCUUCAACGGACUCGGCCAGGGUGUCAGUGUUCUAACCACAGCCUCGCGUUUGUCCUGGGGAUUUGCCCGUGACGGCGGUCUUCCCUGGAGCCGAUACUUCAGCCACAUCGAUCCCGUGUGGCAGGUUCCCGCACGAGCACUCUGGGGCCAAGGCGUCGUCAUCGGUAUUGUUGGAGUGUUGUAUCUUUUCGCCAAUACCGUGCUCGAGGCUAUCCUGAGUGUCAGCACUAUCGCCUUGACUGUGUCAUACGCGAUGCCCAUUCUCGCCUUGUUGGUCGUUGGUCGGGACAAACUACCUGAUGGCGGUUCAUUCAAACUCGGUCGCUGGGGACCUUGGUUGAACUGGGUUAGCAUUGUUUACUGCGUCAUCACCACCAUCUUCUUCCUUUUCCCGGGUAGUCCGAACCCGGCACCCAGUGAUAUGAACUACGCCAUUGCUGUCUUUGGUGUCAUGCUUGUUAUCGCCGUGGCUUUCUGGUUUAUCCGGGGAAGCCGAACAUACCUGCAGACUGAAGAUGCCAUUGCUCAGAUGGUCUACGCUCAGCAUUUGGAGAAUGAGGAGGCCGCGUCUGUUGCAUCUGAUCAACUUUAA